AUGAAAAUAAUGUUUAGUGACCUGAUGUUGGGCAUUCUCUUCCUUAUUCAGAUGGGAGUUGGGAUUCUUGGGAAUUUCUUCCUCCUGGGUCGAUACAGUUACACUUUACUCAUUGGUCACAGACUGAGGCCCAUAGAGAGCCUUUUUGUGCACUUAGCCUUGGCCAACUCAAAAGUGCUUCUCUCCAAGGGAAUCCCUCAGAUCAUUGUCUGUUUGGGCUUCAAAAAUUUCUUGGACCUUGUUGGAUGUAAACUUUUAAUUUAUGUUUAUAAUGUGGCCCGGAGUGUUUCCCUCAGCAUCACCUGCCUCUUGAGUGGUUUUCAGGUCAUCACUAUCAGUCUCAGUAACUCCAGGUGGGCAGAACUCAAAAUCCAAGCCCCAAAGUACAUUGUCCCCUCCUGCUUCCUCUGCUGGUGCUUCUACCUGCUGAUAAAUUUCACUUUGCUUGUGACUAUGCAUAACUCAAGGUAUCUGACUAAUAAUACAAAAAUAUGGCAUCUGGGAUAUUGUUCAAUUUUGGCUCCUGUAUCUUUUAAUGUGGCGCUUUUUGCAAUUGUCUUUAUUAUGCCUGAUGUUAUGUGUGUGGGAUUCAUGACCUUUUCCAGUGCCUACUUAGUGCUUCUCCUACACAGACACCAUCAGCAAGUCAAACAUAUCCACAGUCCUCAUCUCUCUCCCAGAACUUUCCCUGAGAAAAGAGCCACCCAAGCUAUCCUCCUGCUAGUUGGCACAUAUGUCUCUUUUUUUUCCAUUAAUUCUGGCUUGUCAUUUCACCUCUUUAAAAUGAACAGGUAUCAGCCCUGGCUCGUGGCUGCUUCAGAUCUCCUAGCUGCAUGGUUCCCAAGCAUCAGUCCUUUUGUGCUGAUCUUAUGUGACUCCCAAGUCCUCAAAGGUUGGAAUGCUCUGUGGCAUAGGAGACUUUGCUGUCUCCUGUGCCAAACUAUCAUUAACCAUACCAACUGCCAGCAUCCUGUUCUAACAUGA